AAAAAAGAAGCACUUUUGGAGCUCUUGAAACGGAUUUCAAGUCUUUUUGGCGUGCAACAAGAGAGACUUUACGAGAUAGACAAACUCUACGAUCUUGAGAAGGCUCUAGCUCAGGAAAGCUCAGGAGCACCGGUGGACGUAUCAGAAAGAAGAAUUGUUAAACUGUUGGUUGUGCCAAAGUUGGGUCGCAUCCAAAAUGGUAUUGGUUUCGCUGGCUGUUAUUUGGCAUUUCGGUCUGGAAAGCUUACAGAUGCCCGAGAUGAUACUGACCUGGAGGGCCAAUAUCACAAAUCGACAAUUGCUACCCUCCAGAAUGACUGCGAUGUUGUAAGUUUUUAA